AUGGCCCGUACGGGGUCACAGCCCAUACAGCCCGUACCGCCGUACCCUGCUGGGCUGUGUCGGGCUCCAUACGCCAAAUACGCCCUGCAUACCGCCCCAGACCCGUCGUCGGACCCGAUCAGAGCGCGAGGCUAUGGUGCCCACUGGGCACACUGUGAAUUACCCCGUUCGGUCGGGUAUGGUAUCGAUACGGACCCCAAACGCCAUACGAAACGCAGCAGACCGAAGUAA